UGACUUAGUUAAUUUUAUUUUUGUUUUUUUUUUUUUGGCAACCAGACACAACCUAGAGUCACCAGAAAAUCGGGAACUUUAACUAAAGAGCUUCCCAGAUGGGCUUGACCUAUGGCCUUUGUGAGAGAGUGUCCCAUUGGAGAUGGUGUGAGGACAUCUGGAGUCAGCACUACCAGUUCAACAGAACAGGGUUGUGGCUUCAGCUCCUGGCCUGACUUCUCUCCAGGAGAGACUGUUGCAGUGGAAGUGUAAGCCUGACAGAAACCCUUUCUUCCCCGAGCUACUUCUGGUCAGAGUAUUUUCUCACAUCAAAAGGACGGGUAAAACUGUCCCUACCACCGUGAAUUCUAAAGGGCUCUUCUUUCCUUACCCAGUGCUGAAGUGAACCGAACGGGCAGAGAGGCAGGCAGUUAACACAGAAACCAAGGCUUGUGAGCAGGAGUCCAAAAGCCAGGACCGUAUCUUCCUCAGUGCAGCCUGGCACCUCUCAUGCUCACUUGACCAUCCCUAAAGCAGUUCAAGGUCACAUGCCAACUUGAGUACAAAUCAGAUUUCAUCAUCACUAACCUUAUGCUCUCGGACGAGCUGGAUCUCUUGAGUCUGAAUUUACUCAGUAAAAUAGCAAAACCAUCUCGAAAAGUAAAUUAAAAGUGGAGUAGGUCUACAGAACGGCACACGGAGGGGUCCUGUAAUAUCGGUUCCUCUCGCCACUGAUCCUCUGCGAGCCUCUCAGGGCUCGGUGAAAGAAACAGGCCAGGCGGUGUAUUAUCUGAUUUCCCUUACCCAAUCUAAGAGGACAGCCAACUGCUUACACAGGUCCGCCAUGCCAAGCAAUGUAGGAAAGAAAGGUCAAGAAGCCGCCCGAAAUGGCAGCAUUCGUUCAUCUCCCCAAACCCUAGCGUCCUAAUAUCAGGUGGCCUGACUGUCUUCACGGCUUUCAGGUCGGGAAAGGCAAACAGAUAAACCUUGCUGUUGUUCCAGGUCAGACUCUUGGCCUGCAAGUGGGGGAAUCUCCUACAGCACCCCAUUUGGUCCUGAUGAGGGCAGCAUGCCAGGGGAGGGCAGGCAAAGCUAGGCGGCUUUCUCCAGAUCUCCAGGAGCGCAGAGCCCAGGGGGCGUUUCCGAGCGCGGGGGCGGGCACAGCACGCACCGCCCCCGCCACCUUCAGGGUGGUGCUUAGGCGCUGAUCUUAAACUCCUGCAAAGUUUGCAACGGGUCCCAAGCACGUGCAGCUUCCCCGCCCGGCUCCGUGUUCCCCGAGCAGCCGCCCGGCACCUGCGCGCGGUCUCCGCCUUUCCCCAGCCUCCUUUCUCCUGCGCUCUCACGCGACAAGCCGCUCCCGGGCUCUAGGAGGCGGCGGCGACAGCGCGUAGCGGGCGCCCCGAGGAACCCCGGGAGGCGGGGUCUGGGCGGGCUGGCGCUGGGUUCCCGGAAGCCGCUGCCUGCCUCCGAGGCUCCCGCCGAGCGGACCGGCGCGGCGGCCGGAGCUCCAACAUCCUCACCCGCGCCUCCUGGAGCCGCCUCCCGGCCGCACGCACCGCGGGCGAGAUGCUGCCGGUGCACACCGAGGUGAAACCCAACCCGCUGCAGGACGCCAACCUCUGCUCGCGCUUGUUCUUCUGGUGGCUCAACCCGUUGUUUAAAGCUGGACAUAAGCGGAGAUUGGAAGAAGAUGACAUGUUUUCAGUGCUUCCAGAAGAUCGCUCAAAGCACCUUGGAGAGGAGUUGCAAGGGUACUGGGAUAAAGAAGUUCUGCGAGCCAAGAAGGACGCUCGGAAGCCUUCCUUAACGAAGGCAAUCGUGAAGUGUUACUGGAAAUCUUACCUGAUUUUGGGAAUUUUUACGUUAAUUGAGGAGACCACCCGAGUAGUUCAGCCCAUAUUUUUAGGGAAAAUUAUUGAUUAUUUUGAGAAGUAUGACUCUGACGACUCGGCCGCUUUGCACACAGCUUACGGCUACGCGGCGGUGCUGUCGCUGUGCACGCUCAUCCUGGCCAUACUACAUCACUUGUAUUUCUACCACGUGCAGUGCGCCGGGAUGAGGAUACGGGUCGCCAUGUGCCACAUGAUUUACCGGAAGGCUCUCCGGCUAAGUAACUCGGCCAUGGGGAAGACAACCACGGGCCAGAUAGUCAACCUGCUGUCCAACGACGUGAACAAGUUUGACCAGGUGACCAUCUUCUUGCACUUCCUGUGGGCGGGGCCGCUGCAAGCCAUAGGGGUAACCAUCCUUCUCUGGGUGGAAAUCGGAAUCUCCUGUCUGGCGGGCCUGGCCAUUCUGGUUAUUCUGCUGCCUCUGCAAAGCUGCAUCGGGAAACUGUUCUCGUCACUGCGGAGUAAAACAGCGGCUUUCACGGAUGCCAGGAUCCGGACCAUGAAUGAAGUGAUAACGGGCAUGAGGAUAAUAAAGAUGUACGCGUGGGAGAAGUCAUUCGCCGACCUCAUAACCAAUCUGAGAAAGAAGGAAAUUUCUAAGAUUCUGGGCAGCUCCUACCUCAGAGGGAUGAACAUGGCGUCGUUUUUCAUUGCAAACAAAGUCAUCCUGUUCGUGACCUUCACCACCUAUGUGCUGCUUGGCAAUAAGAUUACAGCUAGCCACGUGUUCGUGGCCAUGACUCUGUAUGGUGCUGUCCGGUUGACAGUUACCCUCUUCUUCCCAUCAGCCAUUGAGAGAGUGUCAGAGGCCGUCGUCAGCGUUCGGAGGAUCAAGAACUUUCUGUUACUCGAUGAACUGCCAGAGCGCAAAGCCCAGGAACCAUCUGAUGGCAAAGCCAUCGUUCACGUGCAAGAUUUUACCGCUUUCUGGGACAAGGCAUUAGACACUCCUACCCUGCAAGGUCUUUCCUUCACUGCCAGACCUGGUGAGUUGUUAGCUGUGGUCGGCCCAGUCGGAGCAGGCAAGUCGUCCCUGUUGAGCGCGGUGCUCGGUGAGCUGCCUCCCACCAGUGGGCUGGUCAGCGUGCACGGGAGGAUCGCCUACGUUUCCCAGCAGCCCUGGGUGUUCUCAGGAACCGUGAGGAGCAAUAUUUUAUUUGGGAGGAAAUACGAGAAAGAACGCUACGAGAAAGUCAUCAAGGCCUGUGCUCUGAAGAAGGACUUGCAACUUCUGGAGGACGGGGAUCUGACUGUCAUAGGCGACCGGGGAGCCACGCUGAGCGGAGGCCAGAAAGCACGGGUGAACUUGGCACGGGCAGUCUACCAGGAUGCCGACAUCUACCUCCUCGAUGAUCCGCUCAGUGCUGUUGAUGCAGAAGUGGGCAAGCACCUGUUCCAGCUGUGUAUCUGCCAGACUUUGCACGAGAAGAUCACCAUUUUAGUGACUCACCAGUUACAGUACCUCAAAGCUGCAAGCCACAUCCUCAUACUAAAAGAUGGCGAAAUGGUGCAGAAGGGGACUUACACCGAGUUUCUGAAGUCUGGUGUAGAUUUCGGUUCCCUGCUAAAGAAGGAAAAUGAGGAAGCAGAGCCCUCCCCUGUCCCAGGAACACCGACACUCAGGAACCGAACCUUCUCCGAGGCCUCGAUUUGGUCUCAACAGUCAUCCAGACCCUCAUUGAAAGACGGGGUCCCAGAUGCCCAAGAUGCAGAGAAUACUCAGGCAGCUCAACCCGAGGAGAGCCGUUCAGAAGGGAGAAUCGGCUUCAAGGCCUACAAGAACUACUUCUCUGCAGGCGCAUCCUGGUUUUUCAUUAUUUUCCUCGUUCUGCUUAACCUGAUGGGUCAGGUUUUCUACGUUCUUCAGGACUGGUGGCUUUCCCACUGGGCGAAUAGGCAAGGUGCCCUGAACGACACCAAAAACGCGAACGGGAAUGUAACCGGGACCCUCGAUCUCAGCUGGUACUUAGGGAUUUACACAGGUUUAACUGCGGUCACAGUCCUCUUUGGCAUAGCGAGAUCCCUGCUGGUGUUCUAUGUCCUUGUGAAUGCUUCCCAGACUCUGCACAACAGGAUGUUCGAGUCGAUCCUGAAGGCACCGGUGUUGUUCUUCGAUAGAAAUCCAAUAGAACUGACACAACUGGAGGUUUUCCGAGUUGUGGAUGGAGCUCUAGAUUCACACAGACACCUAAGUCAUCCCCAUCCAUGGCCUCAGAAUGGAUCUCUUCAAGCGUCCGUGACAUCAGUGACUGGCUCUGAUGUCAUAAGGUUUCCAGAAGUUCUCCUCCUGGCACUUCCAGGAAGGAUUUUAAAUCGUUUCUCCAAGGACAUCGGACACAUGGACGACUUGCUUCCCCUAACGUUUCUAGACUUCAUCCAGACCUUGCUCCUUGUUGUAAGUGUGAUCGCCGUGGCGGCGGCCGUGAUCCCUUGGAUCCUCAUACCCCUGGUUCCACUCUCCAUCAUCUUUGUGGUCCUUCGGAGAUAUUUCUUAGAAACGUCGCGGGACGUCAAGCGCCUGGAGUCCACAACACGGAGCCCGGUAUUCUCCCAUUUAUCAUCCUCCCUCCAGGGACUCUGGACCAUCCGUGCCUAUAAGGCUGAAGAGAGGUGUCAGGAGCUGUUUGAUGCACACCAGGACUUGCAUUCAGAGGCUUGGUUCUUGUUCCUGACGACAUCAAGAUGGUUCGCCGUGCGUCUGGACGCCAUCUGCGCCGUCUUUGUCAUCGUCGUUGCCUUCGGGUCCCUGGUUCUGGCAAAGACCUUGGAUGCUGGGCAGGUUGGCUUGGCCUUGUCCUACUCCCUCACGCUCAUGGGGAUGUUCCAGUGGUCUGUGAGACAGAGCGCCGAAGUAGAGAAUAUGAUGAUUUCUGUGGAGAGGGUGAUUGAAUACACGGACCUAGAGAAGGAGGCGCCUUGGGAAUGCAGGAAGCGCCCACCCCCAGGCUGGCCCCACGAAGGAGUAAUUGUCUUCGACAAUGUGAACUUCACCUACAGCUUGGACGGGCCCCUUGUUCUGAAGCACCUGACCGCACUCAUCAAGUCACGAGAAAAGGUUGGAAUUGUGGGAAGAACUGGAGCUGGAAAAAGUUCCCUCAUCUCAGCCCUCUUCAGGUUGUCAGAACCUGAGGGGAAAAUCUGGAUUGAUAAGAUCUUGACGACUGAAAUUGGACUUCACGAUUUAAGGAAGAAAAUGUCAAUCAUACCUCAGGAACCUGUCCUGUUCACUGGAACCAUGAGGAAGAACCUGGACCCCUUUAAUGAGCACUCAGACGAGGAGCUGUGGAAAGCCCUAGAGGAGGUACAACUUAAAGAGGCCAUAGAAGAUCUUCCUGGUAAAAUGGACACUGAACUAGCAGAAUCUGGAUCCAAUUUCAGUGUUGGACAGAGACAGUUAGUGUGCCUUGCGAGGGCAAUUCUGAAGAAAAACCGGAUACUGAUCAUUGAUGAAGCAACUGCAAAUGUGGAUCCGAGAACUGACGAGUUAAUACAACAGAAAAUCCGGGAGAAGUUUGCCCAGUGCACUGUUCUCACCAUUGCUCACAGACUGAACACCAUCAUUGACAGCGACAAGAUAAUGGUUUUGGAUUCGGGAAGACUGAGAGAAUAUGAUGAGCCGUAUGUUUUGCUGCAGAAUCCAGAGAGCCUCUUUUACAAGAUGGUUCAGCAGCUGGGUAAGGGCGAAGCCGCUGCCCUCACCGAAACAGCAAAACAGGUGUACUUCAGACGGAAUUAUCCGGAUAUUGCAUUCAGCAGCCCUGCGGUUAUGAGCACCUCCAACGGACAGCCCUCCGCCUUAACGAUAUUUGAAACAGCAUUGUGACUACUACCAGGACGUCAAGUCUGUUUCCAGGGUGUCCCCUGCCCCAACAAGGGGCUCGCACUUCUUAGACUACAGCACUCCUGGUUUUCAUUCUGCAACAGAUCCUUCACAGACAAGAGACCGGCGUCUUUGGACUUUCCCCUUCGACCUUAUCCUGUGACUUCAGGUCCUAACAACAUGGCCUGUUGUUUUAUUUAAAUGUUCCUACUGUUCUUUACAAAUCCAGUUCUGAGGUGCAGGCCACUGACAACAGCUGCCUACCAGGUUUUGUGCCUUAACAGACUCUAGGGCCAAAGCCCGUGCGUUUUAUAAGCUGUCACAGUGGGUUGUUUCUUCCUCUUGCCUUAAAAGUACACUCUCCGGGUGCGUCAGGGACUCUGUUUACUUGAAGACGGUGUGCAGAUGCCAGUUUGUUUCCCUGCUUUCUCUGACUUAGCUAGGACCCGUUACUUCUCCCACAAAGGCCUCUGGUUAAAACAGAACAGAUAAAAUUAACAGGAACCACAACAACAAACCAAAAAAAAAAAAAAAAAAUCCAUAUAAUUUAAGUAACAUUGCUGGAGAGAGACUAUCCCACCACCCACACGCAUACAAAGACGCACGUCUGAAGUAUGUUGAAGCAUUCAUGUUGGAAAGUCAACUUCUGCUUUCUCAGAAUGGGAGGCCUGGCACUUCUUAGGUGCCCCUCCCCUCCAUCUGUGCGAGCCCCUCUGGACUGCCCAUGCACUGAUACACUGGUCGUCGUGACACUUCCCCCAGACAGUGGCUCUCAAAUGCAUAAUAUCAAUCUCAUUUUGGCUCCUGGUUUACAGGAGGCAGACCUCCUAUUGGCUGUAAGCCUUUCGUGAAAUCCUUUCAGAUUGACUCCAGAAGCUAGUGAAAGCCUGAAAAUCGUUACAGUCAUCCCAUUGUACGCCCUCAGGAUGCUGUGUGGAAGCUUCACUUUCUAGAACCCAUGCAGAUUAGUUAUCUUUGACCACUAAUGGCAGGCCUAGAGGACCUUCUGAUUAGUCAGUCAACAAACCACAACACUUCCUAGGACCUGAGGCACUUCGUGUAACUGUAGGUCUUGAACUUUUCUGGGUGCUGGUGGCGAAGGCCUGUGUCAAUUUCAAGUUACUAAAGGUUUCACUGUUGUAAUUCAAAGGGGGUUCUUCAUGACCUGCCACAAUAAAGCGUCCUCAAGUUACCUGUGUUACCGUUUAGACACUCACUUCGGUGCAUAUGUGCGGACAUCAACAACGUCAGGUCUUUAGACUGGUUAACAGCAAAGACUGUUUUAUAAAAUGGAACCUCAAAAAAGCACACACCCACCAAACCACCAUAAAACCACAUGAAACACAAUGACUGACCCUUCAUAUUCAGAAGUCUGUAGUGAAUGUUGCGGUGUUCAGUCCAGUAAAUGAUGACCAUUCAUCCCUUCUUGGUAGCCGUGGUUUAUAUUUUGAGAGAUUGAGAUGUGACACUGACGAUAAUAAGGUCUGUUUGAAUAUUUAGAAAUGUCUUAAUGUGUCUAUGUUUAUGUUUGUGUGGUUUUUGGAGAUUAAAAGCGGUCAUACAAA